AUGUCGACUUCCACCUCGCCCCCGCAGGAGCUCAAGGAUGAAAUCAAGGCCGUCGAGACCAAGGCUGUGAAUCAGACCAUUGUCCAGCUCCGUUCUCUCGCCGCUGGUGCUGCUGGUGGUCUCUGCGCCGUGGUGGUGGGACACCCCUUCGACCUGGUGAAGGUGCGCCUGCAGACUGCCGAGAAGGGCGUCUACUCAGGUGCCAUAGAUGUGGUGAAGAGAACAGUCGCCCGGGAGGGUCUGGCGCGUGGACUGUACGCUGGUGUGUCAGCGCCGUUGGUAGGAGUGACUCCGAUGUUCGCCGUCAGCUUUUGGGGUUACGACGUGGGCAAGACUCUUGUCCGCAAGAUGUCGGAUGUUCCGGUGAAGCACAACACCCCCCAGUACUCGAUCGCGCAGAUCUCCGCCGCCGGUUUCUUCUCCGCGAUCCCCAUGACUUUGAUUACCGCUCCCUUCGAGCGCGUCAAGGUGCUCCUCCAGAUCCAGGGCCAGAACCCGCCGCCCCCGGGCCAGAAGCCCAAGUAUUCUGGCGGCCUGGACGUGGUCCGUCAGCUAUACAAGGAGGGUGGUGUUCGCAGUGUCUUCCGCGGCAGCGCCAUGACCCUGGCGCGGGAUGGUCCGGGAUCCGCUGCUUACUUCGCGGCCUACGAGUACAUCAAGCGGUCGCUGACCCCCAAGGACGAGAAUGGCAACGUGACUGGUGAACUGUCCCUGCCCGCGGUCCUGACUGCCGGUGGUGCGGCCGGUAUUGCCAUGUGGAUUCCGGUCUUCCCCGUCGACACGAUCAAGUCCCGUCUGCAAAGUGCCCCCGGCAAGCCGACGAUCGGCGGCACCAUUAGCGCCGUGUAUGCCAGUGGAGGCUUCAAGGCCUUCUUCCCCGGCUUUGGCCCAGCUUUGGCGCGUGCUGUGCCGGCCAACGCAGCUACUUUCCUCGGUGUCGAGCUGGCCCACAAGUUCAUGAAGAAGCUUUUUGACGACUAA